AUGUGGAUCGUCCGAACGACUACCGCGAAGAAUGUCGAAACGUCAGUCUACACAAACACAAACAGUCCUUCUCAGAACACCAAGAGUCCUCAGAAAAACACCAACAGUCCUCAGAAGAACACCAACAAUCCUCAGAAGAACACCAAGAGUCCUCAGAAGAACACCAACAAAGAACACCAACAAACACCAACAUCAACAGUCGUUCUCAGAAGAACACCAACCAACAGUCCUCAGAAGAACACCAACAGUCCUCAGAAGAACACCAACAGUCCCCAGAAGAACACAAACAGUCCUUCUUAGAAGAACACCAAAAUUCCUCAAAAGAACGCCAACAGUCCUCGGAAGAACACCAACAGUCGUUCUCAAACGAACACUAACAUCAACACUCGUUCUCAGAAGAACACCAACAGUCCUCAGAAGAACAUCAACAGUUCUCAGGAGAACAUCAACAGUCGUUCUCAAACGAACAC